AUGAAACAAAUACAUCUUUUCGUGGAUUCACCCACAAGCUCACAACUAAAGGAAAUCUUGAUAAGAGUUGGAAACUCGGUAGGAGCUUUUAGUGGUGGGAGAGUUGAUGGCUUGGUGGGAGCUUUCAACGGUGAGAGGGCUGGUGCUUUGGUGGGAGCUUUCAGCGGUGAGAGAGCUGGUGCUUUGGUGGGAGCUUUCAACGGUGAGAGAGUUGGUGCUUUGGUGGGUGCUUUAAGCGGUGAGCGAGCUGGUGCUUUGGUGGGAGCUUUCAGCGGUGAGCGAGCUGGUGCUUUGGUGGGAGCUUUCAGCGGUGAGAGAGCUGGGGCUUUGGUGGGAGCUUUCAGCGGUGAGAGAGCUGGUGCUUUGAUGGGAGCUUUCAACGGUGCGAGAGCUGGUGCUUUGGUGGGAGCUUUCAGCGGUGAUAGAGCUGGUGCUUUGGUGGGAGCUUUCAACGGUGAGAGAGCUGGUGCUUUGAUGGGAGCUUUCAACGGUGAGCGAGCUGGUGCUUUGGUGGGAGCUUUCAACGGUGAGCCGGCUGGUGCUUUGGUGGGAGCUUUCAACGGUGAGAGAGCUGGUGCUUUGGUGGGAGCUUUCAUCGGUGAGAGAGCUGGUGCUUUGGUGGGAGCUUUCAUCGGUGAGAGAGCUGGUGCUUUAUUGAUGCUUUGGUGGGAGCUUUCAACGGUGGGAGAGCUGAUAGCUUGGUUGGUGCUUUCAAGGGUGGGAUAA